UUCCUCCGCCGUGACGUCACCGCCAAUGAACGCCUUCCAAAUAACAACAUGAUGGCCACGCUAUGCAGGUCCGUGGCAUUGGCUGUUUUACUGACAUUGGUCUCGGCUGUUGACCGAGGCAAUUUCAAAAGUUGCCAGCAAAGUAGUUUUUGCAGACGACAUCGUGCUGUGAAACCCGGAGAAAGUCCAUAUGCACUCCUCACCAACACAGUGACAGUGAAUGAUGCAGGGCUAGUAGGAGAUGUCAUUAAUGAAAACAAUAGAAUUGUUUUUACUUUAGAAAUAUACCCUUUAAAGGAUUCAACUGUGCGUAUUAAAAUAAAUGAAAAAAAUCCUAUCAAGCCCAGGUUUGAGGAUCCGUAUGCCUUAGUAAAGGAUAUUCAUGGAGAAAGUUUUGAGGUCGUUGAUCAAUCUGCUCAAGGAGUGACAGUUAAAUUCGGAUCACAUCGUGCUGUUGUAAAUGCAAAACCUUUGAAGAUUGAUAUCUAUAAUGGUAAUGAUCUUGUAGUGAGCACAAAUGCUCGGGGACUUCUCAAAUUUGAACACUACAGGAAUAAACCCGGAAAUGAGGAACAGCCUGCAGAGGGAGAGGGAGAGCCCAAUGCCCUUCCAGCUGACGAUCAGGAAGAGGACAAAGAUGGAUUGUGGGAGGAGUCCUUCAAGGGCCACACUGACUCCAAGCCUCUGGGGCCGGCCUCAGUGGGCAUGGAUAUAUCCUUUGUCAACUCCAAACAUGUAUAUGGAAUACCAGAGCAUGCGGACUCUUUCUCGUUGAGAGAAACCACGUCAACGGAUCCCUAUCGAUUGUACAACUUAGAUGUUUUUGAAUAUGAAGUAGACAAUCCUAUGGCUCUCUAUGGUUCUGUACCAGUAAUGCUCUCCCAGACUGCACGGCACACUACAGCUGUGUUUUGGCAUAAUUCUGCUGAAACAUGGAUUGAUAUUAAGAAAUUGCCGGACAGCAAUGUUGUGUCUUCCAUCACUGGUUUCUUCUCCAGUGGAGAGACUGACCCUCCACAGGUGUCUACACAUUGGUUCUCGGAAUCUGGCAUCAUUGAUGUGUUUGUCAUGCUGGGACCAAAACCCAUGGAUGUGUUCAGACAGUAUGCCGGUCUUACAGGAUCUCAGAACCUACCACCGCUUUUUAGUCUGGGAUAUCAUCAGUGCCGUUGGAACUACAAUGAUGAAGAGGAUGUACGUCAAGUGCAUGAAAACUUUGACAAACAUGAUCUUCCUUUGGAUGUGAUGUGGUUAGAUAUUGAACACACUGAUGGGAAAAGGUAUUUCACAUGGGACCAUUACAAAUUCCCGAACCCACUGGAAAUGACAGCCAACCUUACUGCAAGAGGACGCAAACUUGUGACCAUUAUUGACGUCCAUUUCAAACGGGACAAUAAUUAUUUCUUUUAUAAAGAAGUCCAUGAUAGAGACCUUUUUGUUCAUACAAAAGAUGGAAAUGAGUUUGAUGGGUGGUGCUGGCCAGGUUCUUCAUCCUACAUUGAUAUGACAAAUCCUGAAGCACGAGAACACUACAGUGACACUUACCGACUUGAUCGCUAUAAGGGUUCCACCUUGGAUACAUUCACAUGGAAUGACAUGAAUGAACCCUCUGUCUUCAGUGGCCCAGAAAUCACGAUGCCCAAAGACAAUUUACAUCCUGGCAUUGGGGUAGAACACAGAGAAGUUCACAAUGCAUAUGGAAUGCUGUUUCAUGAAUCGACUUAUGAAGGCCACUUGAAAAGGUCAGACAGACGCCUGCGACCCUUCCUUCUCACACGCGCCUUCUAUGCUGGAACGCAGAGAAGUGCAGCUGUAUGGACUGGUGACAACACAGCUGAAUGGAGUCACCUGCGCAUAAGUCAGCCCAUGUUGCUGUCGCUUUCUGUUACAGGCAUCACUCAUGUUGGUGCUGAUGUUGGGGGCUUCUUCGGUAAUCCUGAUGCUAACCUGCUUGCUCGAUGGUAUCAGGCAGCAGCUUUCCAGCCCUUCUACAGAGCCCAUGCCCAUCUUGACACCAAACGGCGCGAACCCUGGCUCUUCGAUACGGAAACACUGCGCAUUAUCAGAAAAUCCCUGCGGCAGCGCUAUCAGCAUCUACCUCUGUGGUAUUCACUGUUCUAUGAGAAUGAGUUAACAGGUGCUCCACCAAUGAGGCCUUUGUGGGCAAGUUUCCCAGAAGACGAAGCAACCUUUGGCAUCGAGAGUGAGCAUAUGAUCGGUUCUGCUCUUCUUGUCAAUCCCAUCACGGAGCCGGGAGCCGUCACAGCCAAUGUUUACUUCCCAGCUGGAGUUUGGUACGACAUAGAGGAUUUGAGCAUGCAUCACGGGCCAAGCCACAAAGUUGUGUCUGCACCAAGGGACAAGAUCCCUGUAUUCCAGCGAGGUGGAAGUAUAAUUCCUCGCAAGGAUAGAGUUCGUCGUGCUUCUACCCUCAUGCGUGAAGAUCCCUACACACUUGUCAUAGCCUUGGAUUCUGAUGGGAAAGCACAAGGCACACUGUACAUAGAUGAUGAACACACUUUUGAUUACAGACAGGGCAAAUUCUUGUACUUGGCUUUCUCAUAUGAAGGUGGUGUUUUGACUUCAAAGAAGAUAGAUCCAAAUGGAAGCUAUGAUACUGCAUCCUGGCUAGAACGAGUUAUUGUUAUAGGACUCCACAAGCAGCCUACAAAAGUAUCAGUCAAUAGUGCCACGGUGGGCACCCGGGACUUGGAAAGCACGUUUGAAAGCGGCAGCGCCACGCAGGGAAGCCAGCUAACCAUACGCAAGCCAGGAGUCAGUAUGCGAGAGGAGUUUACCAUUACUAUCCAUUAAUUCAAUUGCUUGUAUGACUGGCUGUCAUUACAGCUGAGAUACAUAGCUUCAUAAGUUUAAUUAGAUAUUUUAUAAACUUCAUGCAGGUUGAUGUUACAGAUGUGAACUGUGUAACAGAAGGAAGAAAAAAAUAGGAUAGAUUAAUGAUGGUAUUUGUUCAACAGUACAAGUCCUAGAUUUUUUUUUUUCUUUUGAUUUUGUCCCUUUUCCCUUUGUCUUUGGUAUUGGUCGAUGGAUUAUCACGAUUUUAUAGGAAGAAGUUCAGGUUCCUACAGGAAUGAGAGAAUUGAAUAUGUUAUUGAAGUUCAGUAAUUUUUCUUAUUCAUAUUAUUGUUAUUUUUUAUUUCUUUGUUUUUUCUAUUUAAUUUAAGGUAUAUUAGAUAUUUUUGUAAUAGUUGAUAAAAUACAUGUGGUGUAAUAUGGUACUCAGAUAUGUUGUCAGUCCGUGUGAACUUUGUAUGUAAUGACACAAUGCAUGAAAGAAGCUUGCACAGUUGAAAGUGGGGGAAGAGUCAGUAAGCAUUUGCCGAGACAGCUAAGGGCAAAACAGUCCAUUCUAAUGCAUUGAGAGUAACCUAUAGAAAGACAAUGAAUAUAAAAUGUUACAAACUCGAGUUCAAGAAUUUAUUGAUACUGAUAUGUGGUUUUGAAAACUCUGAUUUAUGAGAGAAAUAUUUGUAAAGAAAAAAUGAAUAAUUAUGUAAGUCUGGAAACUGGUCAAUACUCAGCCUUUGUGGGCUCUUUUUUUAAUUCAAAUGAUGCCGGUAAGGAUAGCCAGUGACGUGUCCUAUAUGAUUGAUUUUUAUGAAAGUGCAUUUUGACUUUUGUGAUAUUAACAGCAUGACUGGUUAAGCCAUUUACCUUCAUUUCUUUGCAUCUAAGGUAUGGUUGGAGGUAACCAUGAACAUUGUUAGAACCACGUUUUACCAAGAUGGUCCAUUGAGACUAGUACCCUGGGAAAUUCAGUGGUUCUCUUGGUCAUCCAUCAUGGGUAUUUUUGAUGAAUGUGUUACACAAUGAACCAAAAUUCCACCUUAUUUUUUACAAACAAGGUUUCAAUUCCCGGUGUUGGCAGUUGCAUUUCCAGUCGAUAUUUUGAUCAGAGUGACCAGUAGAUACACCCCUGUCUGUUAUCUUUGUGUGAUUUUGUAAGAUGUGCAAGCUAUUUAUUAUUUAUAUGUUUCCACCCUCUUCUAAAGAGUGCAGUAUAAGGGCAGAUGGCAAUAUUUGAAUAGGUUCGGCAUGAGGAUAAAGUACAGUAAGAAAUAAUAUUAGUGGAAUUGGCUGAAUUGAUAUGAACCAUUCAAAUUCCUUUCAAAUAAUGGUAGACCAUAAAUCCAUGAAUUUUGAUAACAGUUGUAACAAUAAAUCUUUUAACUCCAGUGCUUGAGGGUAGUUAUAUCCAUUGUACAAAAUAGAUAAGUUUAAAGUUGGAAGCACUUACUGUGAUAGCUAUAAUUUAUUUAUCAACCAUGUAUUAAAUAACAUAGAGGGCUAUGAUACAUCAUUAAAACCCUCUAGAGCAAGUGAUAGGCUAUGUACAUCAGAGCCUUUUAGAAGUAGUGUCAGUAUAUAUUUAUUUCCAAUCAUGAAGAGUGAAUAGUAUAUCAGAACACAUGGAAGUGUAUGUUGUCAUGUCAGCCGUAAGAAUUAUGCAAUUGGCAAUUAUUUUUCACAGUGGUUUUUAUAUCUGCAAGUUUUCUUAGAACUACAUCACGUACAUCACAAAAGAAUUACUGGAGGUUUAUUAAAUAGUUAUGAUACAUUUUAAUAUGAUCAUACAUGUUCUGUACCCUGUUUGGCCACAUGUCCCACAUUCCAAAUGUGUGUGUGAGUGCACAAUGUAUAAAUAAAGAAAAUUUUGUUA